AUGGGAGAUGUUAUUCAAAAUAUCACUGAACACUCGACUCAAUAUGAUCAAAAUAUCAGCUCUCAAACAAAAUUCCGUACUAAAGUUGUACAGAUGUCUCAAACUACUCCAUUGCAAAACACUCUUUGUCGAGAAUUUAAGCCUUUAGUAUACCACGACACUUAUUUGUUUAAAUCUUCUUUGGCAAGAACUAUGCUCAUCGUAUUGACCUUUGCGUCGAAAAUUGAUGUUUCCAGUUGA